CGGAAGCGCUUUCUCCCAGGCGGCAUUUCCUUCCUGUGCAAGGCCGGCUGAAGGUUCCUGCUGCUGCUGUUUCUUCCUCUGGGUUAACAAUCAAGAUGGUACAUGCUGAAGCCUUUUCUCGUCCCUUGAGUCGGAAUGAAGUUGUUGGUUUAAUUUUCCGCUUGACAAUAUUUGGUGCAGUAACAUACUUUACUAUCAAAUGGAUGGUAGAUGCAAUUGAUCCAACCAGAAAGCAGAAAGUAGAAGCUCAGAAACAGGCAGAAAAACUUAUGAAGCAAAUUGGUGUGAAAAAUGUGAAGCUUUCAGAAUAUGAAAUGAGUAUUGCUGCUCAUCUGGUAGAUCCUCUUAACAUGCAUGUUACUUGGAGUGAUAUAGCAGGUUUAGAUGAUGUCAUUACGGAUCUGAAAGAUACAGUUAUCUUACCUAUCAAAAAGAAGCAUUUGUUUGAAAAUUCUAGGCUUCUGCAGCCUCCAAAAGGUGUUCUUCUUUACGGACCUCCAGGCUGUGGUAAAACAUUAAUUGCCAAGGCUACAGCUAAAGAAGCAGGCUGUCGGUUUAUUAACCUUCAACCUUCAACAUUGACUGAUAAGUGGUAUGGAGAAUCUCAGAAAUUGGCUGCUGCUGUUUUCUCCCUUGCCAUAAAGCUACAGCCUUCCAUCAUCUUUAUAGAUGAAAUAGACUCCUUUCUACGGAAUCGUUCAAGCUCUGAUCAUGAAGCUACAGCCAUGAUGAAAGCUCAGUUUAUGAGUCUCUGGGAUGGUUUGGAUACUGAUCAUAGCUGCCAGGUCAUAGUAAUGGGAGCUACUAAUCGUCCUCAGGACCUUGACUCAGCUAUAAUGAGAAGAAUGCCUACAAGAUUUCAUAUCAACCAGCCUGCUCUAAAACAAAGAGAAGCAAUCUUGAAGCUCAUCUUGAAAAAUGAAAAUGUGGAUAGGCAUGUAGACCUGCUAGAGGUUGCCCAGGAAACUGAUGGCUUUUCAGGAAGUGACCUAAAAGAGAUGUGUCGAGAUGCUGCCCUCCUCUGUGUCAGGGAAUAUGUUAAUUCUACAUCAGAAGAAAGUCAUGAUGAAGAUGAAAUUCGGCCUGUGCAACAGCAGGACCUCCAUCGGGCAAUUGAAAAGAUGAAGAAAUCAAAGGAUGCAGCAUUUCAGAAUGUUUUAACACAUGUUUGUUUAGAUUAAGAGUAAAGAUCAUUUGUACAGUUUGGUGAUCUAGUUCGUGUGCCCUCUUAUUAUGGAAAUAGAGUGAAAGGAGUGCUCCUAAAACAUUGAGGGAGUUCCGUGUUUAUGGUUUUUUACUCUGAAUUCUAAGUUAUUGAGGUAUAGUUGUUAUGUAAAUGGCAUGAGUACUUGUCAGAAAUCAUGAGGAAGAACCAUUUAAUCCAGCCCAAGUGUGGGUGCUUGCGUUUGACCUCUUUAGCCAUAUGUUGUUAUAGCCUUAUAGAAUCUAAGCUGGUCUUAAAGUAAUAAAUGAUUCAUUGGGUCAUUAGUGAGAAAUGGGAAUGUGGUAGGUGCUGGUUCCUAGAUAUGUAUGUAUGUGUGUGUGUGAGAGAGAAUAUGUAUGUGUGUAUAUUAAUUGUAUAUACCACUCAUUUUUUUAUUGACAUUCUGUAGAUAUGUUUGAAUACAGAACUUUUUUUUACCCCAACUACUGAAUCCAAAAGUACUGGAUAGUAUAUAGCAAAACUAAGAUUUAAGGUUGUGUCCAAUAGGUACAGUGAUUCAGUCAUUUCCAAUUGUCAUUUGUUUUAUCUUUUUUAAACUGAACAUUUCUUUGUCUGCAGUUGAUAAGUUGAAUCAGCUACGUCUGAAUAUAUACUCAUGGCUUUGUCAUAAUGGCUGACAGGAUAAUGAAAUAAAAAUACUUGUUCAGUGAUCAGCAUUGGAUAGUUGUUAGGCAGACAUGGUCAACACUGAUUUUGCCUCUUUUCAUAAGCACAUUGAGUAGACUUUUUAAGUUCUAAAUUGAUUGAUUUAGGUGGAUUGAAAGGCUUUCAAAAGAAUAGGUUUGAAAAACUUCCAUGCCCUUCAUGUGCAUGACUUACUUUCCUUUCUUCCUUUAAUAUAACAGAUAGUUCUGUUGUAACCAUGUGUUUCUUAAAUGUUUGUCCUUUAAUUAUGGUCAAAUAUAAUUUGAUCACCAAAAAUGAAAUGAUAGUUUAAAAUAAGUAGCUACUACUAAAUGUACUAAGAAUACUCAUUUUGUAGCUUUAAUUUGAAAAAUUUUCAAUGUAUUAAAAAUUGUGGCCUCAUUAAGUACAAAACUACACAUCAGAAUUCCUAUAUUAUAUCUGUAGUUAUUUACUGCUCUGUAACUACAUACAAAACUUUAUUUUUAGUUCCAAAUCUACUAACCAGAAUUCUAUUAUAGGCACCUAAAUACAUAGCAUGAGUAAAAUGGCACGACACAAUCUUAAGGUGCUUUUUGAAUCAUCAGAAAGAUUAAAUUAAGUUUUAGAUGCUUUUGUUUUGAUUAUAUUUUUUUGAAAACUCAAUCAUUGUUAAUGAGUUAUUGGAUUAAUUUAGUUUCUUUGAUAAUGUCUCUCACAAGAACCUAUUGGAUAGUUUUUUUCUUUAAUUUGUACUCUGGUGGGAUAGAGGUUGCAGAACACUUUGGUAACAGAAAGCAAGUUAUGAAAGAUUGUAAGCAUGAUGGAAAAAGGAAUGCAAAAUAUAAGAUACCAAAAAUUUGAAAAAUUGUCCCAUUUUUAAUAACUGUAGUAUAUAUACUAGUGUUUUAUAAAUGUGUAAUAAAGGGGUCCCUCUUGAUUUUUCUCCACUUAAUCCUUGGUCUUUUUCAGUUAUUUUAAAUGUUAUGGGGGUUUCGGGUUAUAAAACUUGUAUUUGGAUAAUUUUUAUCUGGCAAUCUAGAUUUCAUAUUUUUAUAGUAUACAUUUUAGUAUCUAAUCAUUAUUUUGUUUUAAUAUGAAUUUCAGUUAUCAUUUCAUUUUAAUCUAAUGGCACAUUGUUUAAAAAUCAGUGGUGAUAUAUCCCCUUGUGUCCUUUUUAUCCUAAAUUCAAAAUAUCCAGUUGUGGUAACUAACUGAAUUUGUCUUGAUUUUUGUCAUCAAAUGAAACCAGAGAAAUACACUAAUCCCAAUAACUGUGACUCUUGUAGGCAUGUUAAGGCCAUAAAGAUGAAGAAACUAUUUUCCUAUGAUUUUAAAGAACUUUUAAUAUUAUGUAGUUACCUCUCUUUUGGACUCAAGUUUCACAUAUGUAGUCUGAUCUCUGAUUUCUGAAAUAUUUUGCUUUUGGUAACACUUAAGAGUACUCCUGGAUUCAAUCCUCCAUACCAAAAAAAAAAAAAAAAGAAAGAAAAAGAAAGUACUUUGUCUAAAAUCAGACUUCUUGAAUUUAAAUUCAGGCUUCCCAUUAAUUAACUAUAUAUUCUUGAACUCUUUACCAUUGUUUGUUUUUGUAUUUUUGAUUCAGGGACUUGGCUGUAUUUCCUAGGCUAGCCUCAAAUUCCUGAACACAAAUGAUUCUCCUGCCUUAGCCUCUCAUGUAGCUGGGACUGUUUGUACAUACCACCACUGUCUUAAACUGGUUACCUUGUUUAAGCUUCAAUUUCUCAUCUAUAAAAUAAGGGCAACAGUAGCACCCACCUUACAGGGUUUGACAGUGAGAUAAUGCACAUAAGGCACUCAUCACAGUGUCUCACACAAACAUAGUGCUGAAAUUUUAACUAUCAUAUUGUUAAGGUUAUUACUUUUAUACAUUUAUACACAUCCUGUUGACCAGGUUCAAUCUUUAAGCAUUCUCCAUGCUUAACCCAUUUUCAUCAUCCCUAGGCCUGCACUCUGAGAAUUGAGAUUAAAAGGAUCACUUGUGUGGUGUUUCUCUAAAAGUUUCAUUGUCAGAAGACUUCUGAUAAGUCUGGUGUGUCUCAUGCUUUUCCCAUUCCUUUUAAAAUAGAAGUUAGAAACUCCAAAGUUUGAAUCAACCCAGCGUUGCCUUUACUGUUUUUCCAUUUUCUGGCUUAUCCAGGCUCCCACCUGCAGAUAGACCCAGAAAGCAUGUUAUUAAGAGCUGGGUUAAGGUAACCUAAACAUUCUGUGUGGACCAUAAUAAUCUCAUGGCGUUGGUGCUAGAUGCACAUGUCUCCAGCCUUGACUGUGUUUGAAUAAAAACGACAGCAGUGUCUUGUGUAGGAAUUUUUUACUGGAAUAAUGUUGUCUGUGGGCAAAUAUUACAGCUUUCUUCUGAUAAGGAAAAUAAAUUGGAUAAUUUACAUUUUA